AAAGAGUUUUAUUUUGUUUUUAUGGGAUGGGUAUUUUGUCUGGUAUAACUGUCGCCGUGCUCCUCCUUUCUCUAUCAUUGCUAGCUUGUUUAAACAGGGGCUUUUUGUUCAGUAUUGAAAGCAGCCUCAUUAGGUCGGUUUAUUACGGUUAUAAUGAGGAUACAGCACAUAAAAAAUCUGGUUAUUAUCACCUGGAGGUACCAAAUAGUGAUUUCCACCCACAAAGCAUCCAACGGUCCAGCAGUUCCAGGGAUAAACGAUGCGCCAUGGCUCUAGAGAGUCGGUUUGACUGUGGCAGAGACAGGCUGCUGAGUCAGGAGGAGUGUGAGGCGAGGGGCUGCUGGUAUGCUCCUCUGCCUGGACUCCCAGGACCACCUUGGUGCUUCUACCCGGCUCUGUACCCGGGCUAUAACAUGGGACCCCUUAGCCCAAGUGAGAGAGGUCAGACUGCCUUCCUGAACCGGAACAGCCCCUCCUAUCUCACCAAAGAUGUGUCAAGUCUGAGCCUGGAGGUCAUAGAGGAGACCCCAAGCUGCUUUCACAUUGUUUUAAAGGACCCAUCCUCUCCUCGGUAUGAAGUCCCCCUCCCAGCGGUCAGUCCUCAGACAGAAGCGUACCCCCAGGAUGUCCUCUACACCACUGAAUACCAACACGAACCCUUCGGUUUUGUAGUGAGACGCAAGUCCAAUGGAAGGGUCCUCAUGAACACUACAGUGGCUCCAUUGCUGUUUGCUGACCAGUACCUGCAGCUCUCCACCACACUGGCCUCCUCCCUGGUCUCUGGCCUUGGAGAGCAUUACACUUCUCUCAUCCUGGACCUCAACUGGACCUCACUGACUCUCUGGAACAGAGACAUGGCCCCACAUGCUGGAGCUAACCUCUAUGGCUCCCAUCCAUUUUACAUUGUGCAGGAAGAGGAUGGCUUAGCACAUGGAGUUUUCCUUCUCAACAGCAAUGCUAUGAAAGUGGUGCUGCAGCCAACACCAGCUCUCACCUGGGUAUCCACUGGGGGAGUCCUGGAUCUGUACAUUUUUUUGGGCCCUGACCCUCAGAAUGUGAUACGACAGUACCUGCAGAUCAUUGGGUAUCCCAUGAUGCCUCCUUAUUGGUCACUUGGUUUUCAUCUCUGUCGCUGGGGUUAUGUGACUACUAAUGCAACCCGCAUGGUUGCAGAACGCAUGCACAGUGCAAACCUACCUAUGGAUGUGCAGUGGAAUGACCUGGACUAUGCAGACAAGCGAAGGGUGUUUACCUUUGACCCUGUGCGAUUUGGAGAUCUUCCAGAGAUGGUGCAGGAGAUUCAUGAGAAAGGCAUGAAGUACAUCCUCAUUCUGGACCCAGGCAUCAGCAGCUCCAGCCCUCCUGGAACAUACCCUCCUUUUGAAGAUGGUGUGAAACGAGACGUGUUUAUCAAAAAUGCAACUGAACAGAUUUUGAUCGGGAAGGUUUGGCCUGGCUCUACAGCAUUUCCUGACUUCACAAACCCGGAGACAAAUCAGUGGUGGGAGGACUGCAUCCGAGGGUUUUAUUCUGAAGUUUCUGUAGAUGGUCUGUGGAUUGAUAUGAACGAACCAUCUAAUUUUGUCCAGGGGUCAGUACAGGGCUGCCCUGACACAGAGCUUGAGAAACCACCAUACACACCCAGGAUGGUUGGAGGCCAGUUAAACUCAGGAACCAUAUGCAUGUCUGCGCAGCAGAAGGUGUCCAGUCAUUACAACCUGCAUAAUCUGUACGGAUUGACAGAAGCUCAUGCAACACACAGUGCUUUGAUGAAGAUUCGAGGGAAAAAGCCUUUUGUUUUGUCUCGCUCCUCUUUUCCUGGCAUCGGGCAUUUUUCUGGUGUGUGGACAGGAGAUGUAAGGAGUGACUGGGAGCAGCUUCGGUUCUCCAUCCCUGCUGUGCUGCACUUCAGCCUGUUCGGCGUGCCCCUGGUCGGAGCAGACAUCUGCGGCUUUGAAGGCAACACCACUGAGGAGUUGUGUGUGCGAUGGAUGCAGCUUGGUGCCUUUUAUCCAUUCAUGAGGAACCACAAUGACAAGCCCAAUGCUCCUCAAGAGCCAUAUGUAUUUGGGCAGAAAGCCCAGGGAGCCAUGCGGAGUGCAUUGAACCUUCGCUACUCGCUUCUCCCGUUCCUCUACACCCUCUUCCAUCAUGCACACACAUCUGCUGACACUGUGGCUAGGCCCCUCUUCAUGGAGUUUCCCACUGAUCCUAAUUGUUGGACCAAAGACCAACAGUUCCUGUGGGGGAGUUCACUUCUCAUAAGUCCAGUUUUAGAGCAAGGGGCUGUAGAACUGAGUGCAUACCUACCAGCUGGCACUUGGUACCACCUGCAAAAUGGUCAGCCUUUCCACAGUAAUGGUCAGUUAUUUCAGCUACCAGCCCCUCUGGAAACAAUAAACAUCCAUGUGAGGGAGGGGCACAUCAUUCCCCAGCAGGAACCUGCUUUGACCACCACAGCUUCACGCAGAAACCCUUUCUUCCUGACGGUGGCGCUGUCCGCGGAUGGCCGGGCAUGGGGGGAUUUGUUCUGGGAUGAUGGAGACAGUCUUAGUACUUAUGAAACAAACCAGUAUUGUUAUGUGAACUUCACUGCUGGACAGGCCCAGAUUACGAGUAACCUUCUGAACCUCAAUGAGGCUUUGGCUAACCUUCUGCUGGGAGGCCUCCGGGUCUUUGGAGUGCCUUCAUCACCUUUUUCUGUCCUGGCAAAUGGAGAGAAAGUCAGUGACUUUACAUAUCAGGCCGACAUGAAGGUUCUGACAGUAACUGGUCUGGCCUUACCCAUGUCAAAGACAUUUACGGUCCGAUGGGUUCUAUGAUGCUCUGAAUUGAUGUUAUAUUCCUUGCCUUUCGCAGCGCUGUCAAAAUGAUCUGCUGCAUUAUUUUUCCAGUGACAACAGAUUUUCUUUAAGCAUUUGAAUGUAAACUUAAGGUCAUCAUGCAAUUAAAAUGUCAUUUUACAAGCUCACCUUGAAAAAAACAACUUUAUGACAUUUGAACCUUGUAGAUUUGUAUAUAGUUUGUUUUUAAAAUGCUAAAUCAGCAUUUGGCAGUAUAUAUAAAUAGUCUUGUAAAUAUUGUACACAUUGUUUCUUUAAAAAA